CCCCGAUAUAGUCUAUGAUGAAGUUAGCCGUUGUAUCGGCCGUUACAGCCGGCCUGUGGCCGCUUGUUGCUGCUGCACCUUCUCCCUCCGCAGCCGCAAAGGACGCCACCACUCCUGUAACUGUCACCAUCUCGUCCGGCACCAUCCUCGGCAAGGCGAGUGAUACCGUCGAUACAUUCAACGGCAUCCCAUUCGCCGACCCGCCGAUUGGUGACUUGCGCUUCAGGCCCCCUGUGAGGCUGUCGAGAGAUCUUGGGACCUUUGAUGCUACUGGAGUUGCUGCAGCAUGCCCUGCUGGGCCCACCUUCUCUUUCAAAGAUCUGUUCCCCCCCUCUGAUGUUGCAGGUGCUCUCACAGGUGGCUUGCACCCACCGAACGCCGCAGAGGGUGCCGUUGCAGCUGCUAUACUCGAAUCAUCUGCUGGCGAAGCUUCCACCUCCAGCGAAGACUGCCUAACCAUCAGCGUCCAACGCCCUCACGGCGUCGAGGCUGGUGCUGGCCUGCCCGUGCUUUUCUGGAUAUUCGGCGGCGGCUUCGUUGCUGGCAGCACGUCCGGAUUUGAUGGCACCAAAUUGAUUGAGACGGGCGUGCUGCAUAGCCAGCCAUUCAUCUUUGUGGCCGUCAACUAUCGCGUCGGCGCCUGGGGAUUUAUGCCCGGCAAGGAAAUUCUGGAAGAAGGCAGCGGAAAUGCAGGAUUGCUUGAUCAGCGCAUGGGCCUUGAAUGGGUUGCAGACAAUAUUGAGGCCUUUGGCGGCGAUCCCGGCAAAGUCACUGUCUGGGGAGAGUCGUCUGGUGCCAUUUCAACGUUUGAGCAGCUAGUCUUGUACGACGGCGAUGCCACGUACAAAGGCAACGAUCUCUUCCGUGCCGCCAUCAUGGAUUCCGGAUCUAUUACCCCUGUUGAUCCCCUGGACACGCAGAAAGGCCAAGACGUGUACGAUGCCGUUAAGAAAGCAGCCGGCUGUGACGUUGACGACUCGUUGGCCUGCCUUCGCGGCUUGGACAAUGGCAACUUCACUGUUGCUGCCAAUUCUGUCCCAGGCAUCAUAUCAUACCAGUCUCUUGCUCUCUCGUACCUCCCCAGACCAGAUGGCACAGUCUUGACAGAUAGCCCGGACGCGCUUGCAAAAGCAGGCAAAUUUCACCAUGUCCCAAUGAUCCUCGGCAACCAAGAAGACGAGGGCACGCUUUUCGCCAUCUUUCAGCAGGAUAUGAGCACGACUGAUAAAAUCGUCAACUAUCUGUCCCGGUUCUACUUCCAUACCGCCACCAAACAGCAAGUCACCGAUUUCGUGAACACCUACAGCCCGGAAAUCGCAGAUGGAAGCCCGUACCGCACAUUCGGCUCCUUUGACUUCUUCAAGGGCAGGAAGAGAAUUGCUUCCAUCCUCGGUGACCUUGUCUUUGACCUGAUCCGACGCGUCACGCUUCAGAUUGUUGACAACGUCAGCCCAGAGCUGUCAACAUGGGCUUACUUUUCUUCGUACAACUACGACCCCAAAUACGGCGUCUUGGGCACUGCGCACGGAUCCGACAUUAACGUGUUGUUUAAAAAGGACAAUGCGAACUAUCCGACUCUCAGCGGGCGCACGUACUAUAUCAAUUUCUUGCAUAAUUUGGAUCCCAACAAUGGCACUCGAACUGACUUGUUUUGGCCGCAGUGGUCGGAGGGACACCAACUUUUGAACUUUGAAGCCAAGAGCAUUAGCCUCAAGGACGAUGAUUACAGGAACAGCAGUUACUCUUAUAUGUUUAACCACGUUGAGUCGCUGCACUUUUGAUCAAG